AUCGAACCUUGACAUUCCGUGCGAAAGAACGUCGAAGGAAGAGGAAGAAGAGGGUCCGCGGUCCCGGAGCCGACAAAGGAACUCAUUCCCCCUUCCACCGGGUCGUAAGAACAGUUAUCCGGUGGCCGAAAGCGAUCCGCUCUUCUCGACAGCUCUAACCGGACUCCGGCCUGUCCGCGUCGCGUCGCUCCGCUCUGCUCCAGCAUCCUCGCUCCCACCAGCGAGCAAGCGGCGCUCUCCGCUCGGGUCCCGUAGCGCCUCCACUAGCUGGUCUAGUGCCACCACCACCGUCGCCGUCUCCACCACCACCAUCGGGCACAACACACCACCACCGUCGCCGGCGUCUCCACCACCACCAGCACCACGCCGCGGCCAGCACCGGCGCCCGAGAGGCGAAGGGCCCCGAGGUUUCUGCGCUCCGCUCCGCUCCGAGUCAGUUGGCCGACAUGAGCCGCGCGCGCUGGGGCUCCUCGGUGUUCGAUCGUUUGCUGAGGGUGUGCAACGCGGCUCUGCCAGCUAUCAUCCGAGCUCGCUGAGAGAUAUGAUACAGCCGCCGCUCGCGGGACACCGGCAGCAUCUCCAUCCACCGUCGAUCAUCGAGCCGACGAACUCGACCGCGCGGAACGCGUCGCCGCCGGGGGAUUGUUAAUCGCGAGAGGGUUGAUCGCGACAGUGUUGCGACCGGGCGCCGUACCGAGCGGAUCGUCGUCCUCCAGGGUGAUCCCCUCGAUCGUCCGCCAGUCAGUCGCGGAGACCACCCCGACCCACCACCUCGUCGUAGAACCGCGUGGAUCCGAACGACCAGUGUGAUAAUAUACAGUGCGGUGCCGUUCUAGUGUCGCCCAAGUGAUACACCGCUCUCUGACCCGGAAGAUACUUUUCAAGUCCCGCGGGUUACCGUGCGAGUGGAUUUGUCGGAGGACGCAGCCCGGGAUUCGUCGAUUAGUCAGUGUAAUCCUCUGUCGGGAGGUUCUCCGGUGAAAGUGCAGUGACCAGUUUCCUCCAGAGCCAUCAUACGCACCGUCUUCUCCCGUUGUUCGCAAGAUGAACGAAUGACCCGCGCGACAAAGGUGACAAGCGCGCGAUGAGGCCGAAAUCGUGUUCCCUGUUCCUGCUGUUCUGCGUGCUGCUGCCCGGCCUGGUGCGCCCCUUCACAUCCGGCGAAGAGGGCGAGGAUGCCGCAGAGGACGAGGACACUUACCUCCUGGAGGAGGACGACGUGCCUCCUGCGACGAUAGCCACGGACACGGAGCUGAUCUCCGAGGCGGGUGGCCAUCUGCCUGUGUUCCUCACCGAGCCGGUCGACUCGUUCGUCGUGAAGAACAAGCCGGCCACGUUGCACUGCAAAGCCGCGCACGCGUUGCAGAUCUAUUUCCUGUGCAACGAGGCGAGGGCCGAGGACUCGCAGCAACAGGACUUCGUGGAUCCGCACACCGGAACCAGGAUAGUCGACUGCGAACUGAAUGUGACCAGGGAUCACAUCGAGGAGUACUUCGGCAGGGACAAGUUCAAGUGCGAAUGCAUCGCCUGGUCGGGGUCUGGCCAGAUCAAGAGCCAGCCUGCCACCGUCGACGUUGCCUACUUGAAGAAGCAGUUCGAGUCGCCGCCGUACUCGGUGUCGGUGGAGGCGGGCCAGAGCACCGAACUCAGGUGUCUGCCGCCGGUGGGUGUACCGUCGCCCAGGGUCUACUGGCUGAGGAACAACGUGCCGGUCGACACCGAGUCCGACACCCUUUUAGUGUCGAGCGAGGGACACCUUCUCGUUGGCCAGGCGAAGCUCAGCCACCAGGCGAAUUACACCUGCGUGGCGGAGAACAUCGCCGCGAAGAGACUCAGCGAGCCCGUCAGUCUCACGGUUUAUGUGAACGGCGGAUGGUCCUCGUGGUCAGCCUGGUCAGAAUGUCACUCGAGAUGCGCGAAGGGCGGCCAGAAGCGUACUCGGACCUGCACGAACCCUCUGCCGAUGAACGGGGGCCAGUCUUGCCUGGGCCCGACGCAGCAGAAGAUGGACUGCAGCACGAACUGUCCCGCCGGCGCGUUGGAGGAGUUCACCAACACUUUAGUGGUGGACGGUGGAUGGUCCAGAUGGUCGGCAUGGUCGGUGUGUGGGAGCGACUGCACGCACACAAGGAGGAGAUCGUGCGACGAUCCGCCACCCAGCCACGGCGGUCGACCUUGCCAGGGUAGAGACAUCAGCGUGGCGAAUUGCACCGGCGGCAUGUGCAACAACGGCGGCACGAAAAUGGGUGGCGCUCACUUGACCGAGGAAGCGAACCGGCAGAUGGACGUCGCUCUCUACGUCGGCCUGACUGUCGCCUGCGUGGUAAUCGGCGGCCUGGUCGCGUUCCUGGCGAAGUUCCUCAGGCGCAAAGGUCGGGACCAUUCCCUUUACUCCAUGGCCCGUAACGAAUUCCAGCCGGAGUUCUUCCCGGACCAGGACAAGAAGCUGAGCUUGCAGCCGGACGUAACGGCGACGAGCGUGCCGGCCUGCUACGAGUAUCCUUUCGACCCGAAGCUGUCGAUGUCGAGAUCCCUCUCCGAGCACCAUUACGACGUGCCCCACCUCUCGAUCGCGCCGCAACCGUCGCCCAUGUCGCCCACGCCGAGCACCUCGACCCAGGAGUCAUGCAGCGACAAGCAGAUCCAUUCCGACUGCGAGAACAGCGUCACUAGCUCCUACCCGUCCUCGGACUCGACCUACAACGUCGCCUCGGAGAGCGUCCGUCUGCCGAAGCUCGAGACCGGAAACGUCGCGGGGGCGGCGGUGAACACGCGCGGCGCCCUCCUCGUGCUUCCGGACGCCGGCAUAUCGAUGUCCGUGCCCGAGGGAGCGGUGCCCAAGCCACUCAGGGAGGAACUCUACCUGGCGGUGCUCAACGAGGAUCGCUUUAGGCCUCGAUUACCCGACGGUAUCACGCAGCUGUCCGCGGUGGUGACCUGUGGCCCGUCCUCGGCGACGUUCAACAAGCCGGUGAUCCUGCAGUUCGAGCACUGCGCGAUGCUGCACCCGGCCACGUGGGAGCUGAGCGUGUGGGCGUGCGACGGCCUGAGCGUGGAGGACGGUGUCGCGGUGGCGUCCUCGAAGGAUCACCAGUCGAUCACGUGGACCAGGGUGUUGACGUUGGGCAACGAGACGAUCAACACGCCGUUGUUCACGCAGCUGGACCACGCGGAGGCGUUCAUCGUGACGGAGCAGCUCCGCGGCUACGUUCUCGCCGGCCAGAGCUGCGAGAACUCGAUCGCCACGAAGCGACUUCGAUUGGCGUUGUUCGCGAGCCAGGCGGGCCAAUGUUGCGUCAGGGUGUACGCGGUGGAGGACACGAAGGCGGCGAUGAAGGCGAUCGUGGACAGGGAGUCGCAGAUCCGGGGCUACCUGCUGGACAAGCCGCGAACGUUGUUGUACCAGGACAACGGCGAGAUCUUGUGCGUCAGCCUUGAGGAGGUGGGGAACGAGUGGCAGAGCAAGUCGCCCACGGAGAGGCAGGAGGUCUGGGUGAGAGACGUGUGGAACUGCCAGGAGAACACGAAGCACGUGACAUUCGGGCUGGACGCCGCGUUCGGCCCGACCACCACCAGAAGCUACAAGCUCCAGGUCUCCCAGGGCAACUCGGACACCAGGCAGGUGUUCAGGAUCGUCUACGACGGCGCGAAGCAAUUGAUCUCAUCCGGAAGCGUGACCAGGCCGCUGCGGGAGGUGACCGUGGUCAGCAGCGGGCAUGCUAACAACGCGACCACGGACUCCACCACCCUGAGACCGUUUCGGUUCACCAGGUCCCUGAGGAAGCAGCUCUGCCAGUGCCUGGACCCGCCGAACGCCCACGGCAACGACUGGAGAAUGCUGGCGCAGAGGCUCCAGGUUGACAGGUACAUCAACUACUUCGCGACGAAGUCCAGUCCGACUGAGCACAUCCUGGACCUGUGGGAGGCGAAGCACCACGAGCCGACGGCGGUGACGGACCUGCUGAACCAUUUGCGGGUAAUGGGCCGAACGGACGCGGCGACGAUCCUGGAGGCGCAGCUGGGCCCGUGGCUCUGAACGGUGGCCGGGGAACCGUGCCCUCGGGACAAUUUCCAGUGGUGAGUGAUAGCCGUGAUAAGCAGGCCGCCGCGGCCCGGAACAUUCACAGUGAAUCAGUGGCUGAAUAAUCGGAGGGGGCGUCCAACGGUGAACAGCCCGCGGACGACCCGCGCGGGGGAGAGAGAAGGGGAGGGGGCGUCGUUGUCCUCUUAUCCGUGGCGAACUCAUCGAAAACACUGCCUUUUGGUCGCGCGCGGUUUCGUCGCGCGGCUCUUUGUACAUAGUAUACCCCGUUUGUAAGAAGAGAACGGAGAGCGAGCGAGAGAGAGAGAGAGAGAGAGAGAGAGAGAGAGAGCGAGAGGGAGACGGAGACUCGGCUCGAAAGCGUUCUCGAGGGCCGAGGAUCGAACGAAUCUCUGUAAUAAUCGUGAACGAGAAGUAAAACGAGAAAUACAGUAAUCCCUGAUUGACGCUCGGAUUGCGCACGAAAAAUGGACAAUUCGGGAAGAGGGAUCACGAUUAUUCGAG